ACACGCUGCCAUGCAGCUACUCGUGCUUCUCCUGAUCUGUGCGUUCACACGGACCUCCUCGCAGCAAAUGGAAAUGGUGCAUGGAAUACCCACCAGAUGUAGCUGCAUUCAACUCUAUAGCAGUAUCCCCCUGAGGCGCAUACGGGACUUCACCGUGACGCUGCCCACCUCACACUGCAAGUUUACAGAGGUCAUCGUCUUCCUCAAGAAUUCCAGUGCUCUGUGUCUGAAACCCGCAGAGAAGCAAGGAAAGAAACUUAUUCGCUGCUGGAAGAGAAACCCGAACAACACCGACAAGAGGAAGCGCUGCGUGAAGAGGAGGUCGACGAGGCGCAAGGACCCCCGCCCGGCGAAAAAACGGGGGAAAAGGGCCACAUCCUGCAUCAUGCCGAUAUCCUUACGCACGGCCCGGUGAACAACGCUCACGCGGGGGACCGAAGCCGUCUCGGUGGCAUGAGGACACGAUGUGGGGGCGACGGUCAUUUAAUGUGCAGAUCAUACAAACUGAUUAUAUGUUGUAGUAGGUAAAUGGAGCAGCCUCCCAGCAGAAGCUUUAUCGAUUCAGGGGAUUUAAACACGCAUGGGAUAGACAUACGGCUCCUGAAUCUAAGACGAGACCGCCGACCGACUAAGGGCUUUACGGCAGGCUAAGUGGGCCGAAUGGGGCCGAUCUUCUGUGAUGCCUCCUAGCAUUUAAUUGGUAUAGAAAAUAGAAGGCCCUAAAAUGGCCAAAAUGUUAUUUUUUAUUAGAAAUGU